UCCCCCGCUCUUUCCCGUGGCGGUGAGGCGGUGUUAAAUGCAAAGCAUUUUGUGAGGAAAAGAUUUGUUGGUUUUGCUCCAGACCUUUCUAAGUCAAAGUACUAUUCAGAUUUUGUCCUGACUCUAAAAUGGCUUCGAAAUUCCCUUUUUAGUAACUAUCUUUCCUUGCCGCUGCCCUUUUUUGGGACAGGUUGGUUUCUUGGAAUUUCGUUUGAAGGCUUACUCCUGUGCCGUUGUAGGUUUCACACUGAAAUUAUUGCUCAUCCCAAACAUGUUUUUGUACCAACCAUUUGGAUAACUGCCCAAUUUCCAGCUUUGUAAGAUUUAAGUGAGCAAUGUGCUUCACAGGGGCUCCGAAAACUCUAUAAAUGGGAAUUAUGUUCUUAAUCAUAAAUUUUAUAGGGGAAACUGACCCUAAAACUUGGGGUGUCUGUAAUUCUCUGCUAAUAAAGUACCAAUAUGGAGAUUUGUAAACCCUGGGAGCACAUGUAAGUUUUGCUCUAGCCCCAAAGACUUCAAACCAGAAAUUUAGAGUGGUACCAAGUGCCGUAAAUGCUAGUGAUUUAGAACGGUUUAAUUUAUUGUUUUAGUUCUGCAGUGAGAUGGUAAUGAGCACUAGCAUAUUUUGUCAAUGAUGUGUGUGUACUAGUUUGUCGGGCGGGAUGUUUGCUUUCUAGGAAAUAGCACUGCAUUAAAACAUCAGAGGAAGUUUCCAAGCACUCAUUUGAGGAAAAUGAAGUGUGCUGUGUUUAACAGCCAUUCUGGUGCUCAAGUUGGGCUCGUUAGUGAGGCCUCCUAUUAGUUUUGGAUUGUGUUGUAUACUUGUGUCUCGUAGUAAAAACAUUUUUUUUGUUUUGUUUUGGAAAUUGGAUUUAGCACUAUGAGGAAUUUUAUCAAAUGCUUUUGCAUCAGUGUCUUUUUCCGCGAAGUCUGUAUUAGGCAUUUUGUUUUUCUGUGUUGAGGUAGCAGAAGGUUUUCCAGAAAAAGUUGCCCCAGCUAGGAACUCUUAAUUUAGAAGCCACAGUGCAUCCAAGUUAACAGAUGAAGUGACUAGAAGUGCUGUUCUCAUAAUGCUGGAAGAACCUUUGGGACUUAUUGUUCGAGAUGGCACUGUGUCAAGUGGAUCUAUAAAGAAACCAGCAGACUAGGAGACGGAGGGAAAGAAGCUAACCUGUGAGGUGUGUGCACCCAAGAACCAUGUCUGUGCGGGAGUCUUUUAACCCAGAGAGUUAUGAAUUGGACAAGAGUUUCCGGCUAACCAAAUUCACUGAACUGAAGGGAACAGGCUGCAAAGUGCCCCAAGAUGUUUUACAGAAAUUGCUGGAAUCCUUACAAGAGAACCACUUCCAAGAAGAUGAGCAGUUUCUGGGAGCAGUUAUGCCAAGGCUGGGCAUUGGAAUGGAUACCUGUGUCAUUCCUUUGAGGCAUGGCGGUCUUUCCUUGGUUCAGACCACGGAUUACAUUUACCCUAUCGUAGAUGACCCUUACAUGAUGGGCAGGAUCGCAUGUGCCAAUGUCCUCAGUGACCUCUAUGCAAUGGGAGUCACAGAAUGUGACAACAUGCUGAUGCUCCUUGGAAUUAGCAAUAAAAUGACUGACAGGGAAAGGGAUAAAGUGAUGCCCCUAAUUAUACAGGGUUUUAAAGAUGCAGCAGAGGAAGCUGGGACAUCUGUAACAGGUGGCCAAACAGUAUUAAACCCCUGGAUUGUUUUGGGAGGAGUCGCUACAACUGUCUGCCAGCCCAACGAAUUCAUCAUGCCAGAUAAUGCAGUGCCUGGAGAUGUGCUCGUAUUGACGAAACCCCUGGGUACGCAGGUAGCAGUAGCUGUGCACCAGUGGCUGGAUAUCCCUGAAAAAUGGAAUAAAAUUAAACUAGUGGUUACCCAGGAAGACGUAGAGUUGGCAUACCAAGAAGCAAUGAUGAAUAUGGCAAGGCUCAACCGAACAGCUGCAGGACUCAUGCACACGUUCAAUGCCCAUGCAGCCACCGACAUCACAGGCUUUGGAAUUUUGGGCCAUGCACAGAACCUGGCCAAGCAGCAGAGGAACGAAGUGUCAUUUGUGAUUCACAACCUCCCUGUACUGGCCAAGAUGGCAGCUGUAAGCAAGGCCUGUGGGAACAUGUUUGGCCUCAUGCAUGGGACCUGCCCGGAGACAUCAGGAGGCCUUCUAAUCUGUUUGCCACGGGAGCAAGCCGCUCGGUUCUGUGCAGAGAUUAAGUCCCCCAAAUACGGUGAAGGUCACCAAGCAUGGAUUAUUGGGAUUGUAGAGAAGGGCAACCGUACCGCCAGAAUCAUAGACAAACCCCGGAUCAUCGAAGUCGCACCGCAAGUGGCCACUCAAAAUGUGAACCCCACACCUGGUGCCACCUCUUAAUCUAGACAGAAAUCACUUUUUGGUUUUGUUUUUAAAUAGAUCUAUUCCUUUAUCAUCACUUCAAUUAAAGACUGUAAACAAAAAUCUCAUUGUGUCUACACAUCUGGUGACCUUAGGUCAAUUUGUGAGUGGAUGCAAUUAAUAAAAUAAAAUCCAUUGCCUUUUUUUCCUGUUACAUUAACUGAAGAUGCACCUGAUCUUGAGGCAGCUUCUGAGUUGAGAAUUAUAUUGUUAUCCAAUACUGUUGAUUCAUUUUGAAUCUUUAGACACUUAUCUCUUGCCGCAUAGGCUCUUUUUAAAGGUGCUUUCACACAGCACAGACAUUACCAAUAGUAGUGUCAACUAGCAAUUUGUGUCUUUUCAUUGUAUGUAUAUUUAUCCUUAUAAGUCUGACCUUUUUUUUUUAAUGUCCUGAAUAGUAUUCUGGAAAGACAAAAUUGGUAAGUGACACAGUGAUAUCCCAGUGGUAAAAGGGUUGCAUGAUUGCUUUGAGUCUUUGAUUUGUAAAGCCUAGACUUAAUCAUUCAAGAGCAAAUCUUUGACCCAGGACAUUACCCCAUAGAGCAUUCAGUUAAACAAGGCAAGUGCUUUACUCUGCAUGGAAAGCACUUUGAUGACAAAAAAAGAUUUUAUUUUCUUUCUCUUUUUGUAGCCUCCCUCAUAUUUACAGUAAUAUCAAUAACUGUUUAUUGAUAUCAAAAAAGGAUACUUUUUGCAAUGUAAUUAGAUGUUCUAUAGUGCAACAAGGAAUUGCCUUCCGAAAGGGGGCUCAUGUAUAAUACUCAUUUAUGAUUCAAUAUAUAAUUAAGCAAAUAAUUUUUAAAUAUAAUCAAUAAUAAAGACUGUUCUGUGGAUGGUAGUGUUCAAUACAUUUUAUAUUUUGUAUAGAGAUUUCAGGCCUUUUGUUUUCUUUAAAUCAGCAGCUGUUUAGCCUAAUUCUUAGCAUUAUUUUGUCCUUUGUGCCAGUCCUUUUUUGUGCACGCUUUUUGUGACUCUGUUAAAAAUCUGCAUUGCCAACAUUGCAGCUCGAACUUGUUACUCAAAUAAAUAUUUAAUUUUUUUUAUUGCCCUUGUAUAAUCAGAUGCCCCUUUUAGAAUUAUUUUAGAAGCAUUGGGAGGGUUUUGCCUAAAGUACAAUUUAUUGGGGAAAACUAGAUUUUAGUUUUAUAAAACUUUUAAGUCUUUCACGGGACCUAUAUUUUCUUGAAUUAAAUUUUGUAGUUCUAGAACAAAUAGGCGAUCGAAGAAGGUGUUUAUCCGUGUUACUUAGAAACAGAGGCUUCCUUAUAUUUUCACCUACUAAUCAGGAGGGAUUCCUGUCAUUAAGCACAAGCGCACUGAAUCCUCAAGUGUCUGACUUCAUAAGAGAAAAAGCACCACAUUUCUCCAAGUUUCCGAAUGCUUCCUGCUUACAGGCACCAAAGCCUUGUAAACUGAUCAACCUCUUGCCAAAGGAAACCACCACUGGGAAGCUGAAGCUUCUGGAAGAGGCUUUAACUGGGACAUGCUCUCCUUCAGGAACCAACCGGCAGCCUUUAUGCAUAUGUAACUGGAACUCGAGCCAUAAACAUGGUGUACAGGGCAGUACAUAAGAGGCUGCUACAGAACUGAAAUUAAUUGGACAUUUUAUAGGAAUUUAUACAGAUGUUGGUCCUCAAAAGCUACAAACCAGUGGUCUGCAAAAUAAAAUAUGUUGGAAA